AGAGGAAGGAGCGGAUGGCAGGGAGACGCCGAGGUCCCACACUACACUCGGGACUCGCAGCCCUGCCCCCCCAAGAGCGCUCGCUCCCGCAGCGGCAGCGCCCUGCAGCUCGCACCCAAGGCGGCGCGCAGCCAGUGCAGUGGGUGGUGCAGGGCAGGGGUGGUAUAUCCAGUCUGACCGAGGGCGGGCCUCGCCAGUGCCAGCAGAGGGACCAGCCGGGCCAGAGGCGCCACGAGCCGCCGCCGGGAGCCUCACAGGGACCACGCACUCUAUGGCCCUCGGGAGCCGCUGAGCACAANGCCCCGCCCCCCCCCGCCGCACCCCGCCGCCAUGAACCACUCUCCGCUCAAGACCGCCUUGGCGUACGAAUGCUUCCCGGACCAGGACAACUCGACGCUGGCUUUGCCGUCGGACCAAAAGAUGAAGACCGGCACGUCGGGCCGCCAGCGCGUGCAGGAACAGGUGAUGAUGACCGUCAAGCGGCAGAAGUCCAAGUCGUCCCAGUCGUCCACCCUGAGCCACUCCAACCGAGGUUCCAUGUAUGAUGGCCUGGCCGACAAUUACAACAACUAUGGGACCACCAGCCGGAGCAGCUACUAUUCCAGGUUCCAGGCGGGGAAUGGCUCGUGGGGAUAUCCGAUCUACAACGGGACCCUCAAGCGGGAGAAUGACAACAGGCGCUUCAGCUCCUACAGCCAGAUGGAGAACUGGGGCCGGCACUACCAGCGGGGCCCCUGUCCCGCGCCGGGCGCCGGCAGUGACAUCUGCUUCAUGCAGAAGAUCAAGGCGAGCCGCAGCGAGCCUGACCUCUACUGUGACCCUCGGGGCACCCUGCGCAAGGGCACGCUGAGCAACAGGGGCCAGAAGACCACCCAGAACCGUUACAGCUUCUACAGCACCUGCAGCGGCCAGAAGGCUGUCAAGAAGUGUCCCGUGCGCCCGCCCUCCUGCACCUCCAAGCAGGACCCCGUGUACGUCCCGCCCAUGUCCUGCAACAAGGACCUGUCCUUUGGCCACUCGAGGGCCAGCUCCAAGAUCUGCAGCGAGGAUAUCGAGUGCAGUGGGCUGACCAUCCCCAAGGCCGUGCAGUACCUGAGCUCCCAGGACGAGAAGUACCAGGCCAUCGGGGCCUAUUACAUCCAGCACACCUGCUUCCAGGAUGAAUCAGCCAAACAACAGGUCUAUCAGCUGGGAGGCAUCUGCAAGCUGGUGGACCUCCUCCGGAGCCCCAACCAGAACGUCCAACAGGCUGCGGCUGGGGCCCUGCGUAACCUGGUGUUCCGGAGUGUCACCAACAAGCUGGAGACCCGGAGGCAGAAUGGGAUCCGAGAGGCUGUCAGCCUCCUGAGGAGAACCGGGAGCAGUGAGAUCCAGAAACAACUGACCGGGCUGCUCUGGAACCUGUCCUCCACUGACGAGCUGAAGGAGGAGCUCAUCGCCGAUGCCCUGCCUGUGCUGGCUGACCGGGUCAUCAUUCCCUUCUCUGGCUGGUGCGAUGGCAACAGCAACAUGACCCGGGAAAUGGUGGACCCCGAAGUCUUCUUCAAUGCCACGGGCUGCUUGAGGAACCUGAGCUCUGCCGAUGCAGGCCGCCAGACCAUGCGAAACUACACGGGGCUCAUUGACUCCCUUAUGGCCUAUGUCCAGAACUGCGUGGCCGCUAGCCGCUGUGAUGACAAGUCCGUGGAGAACUGCAUGUGUGUCCUGCACAACCUCUCCUACCGCCUGGACGCGGAGGUGCCCACCCGCUACCGCCAGCUGGAGUACAACGCGCGCAACGCCUACACGGACAAGUCCUCCACCGGCUGCUUCAGCAACAAGAGCGAUAAGAUGAUGAACAACAACUACGACUGCCCCCUUCCGGAAGAGGAGGCCAACCCCAAGGGCAGCAGCUGGCUGUACCAUUCGGAUGCCAUCCGCACCUACCUGAACCUCAUGGGCAAGAGCAAGAAAGACGCCACCUUGGAGGCCUGCGCCGGUGCCCUGCAGAAUCUGACCGCCAGCAAGGGGCUGAUGUCCAGCGGCAUGAGCCAGUUGAUUGGGCUCAAGGAAAAGGGCUUGCCACAAAUUGCUCGCCUCCUGCAAUCUGGCAAUUCUGAUGUGGUGCGGUCCGGGGCCUCCCUCCUGAGCAACAUGUCCCGCCACCCUGUGCUGCACAGAGCGAUGGGGAACCAAGUAUUCCCAGAGGUGACCAGGCUCCUCACCAAUCACACUGGGAACACCAGCAACUCGGAAGACAUCCUGUCCUCGGCCUGCUACACUGUGCGGAACCUGAUGGCCUCCCAGCCGCAGACGGCCAAGCAGUACUUCACCAGCAGCAUGGUCAACAACGUCAUCAACCUGUGCCGCAGCAGUGCUUCACCCAAGGCUGCAGAAGCUGCCCGCCUCCUCCUGUCUGACAUGUGGUCCAGCAAGGAGCUGCAGGGCGUCCUCAGACAGCAAGGCUUGGAUAGGAACAUGCUGGGAAACUUAGCCGGGCCCAACACCUUCAGGAACUUCACCUCCCGAUUCUAAGAAGGGGCUGCCAGAGCAAGGACGGAUUGCAGAAAUGAUACAACCCAGUUGAGAAGACCUCAGGCCUUGCUGGAGGGGUGAUUCUGCCCACCAUGUGCAGUGUUUGGAAAAGUUCAAAUGCAAUUGAGAGCAACCCUGAAAACUGCGGAUGAUGGAAAUAUUUUUAGAUUUUUUUUUUCCUUGGGGGAACUGGCGGGCAAGGGGGGUUGGGAAGGGUGGGGGGGGCUGUUCUUGAGUUAAAGGGGCUUAUAUUUCAUGUCAAUACUUCUGCUGAGAAAUGGUAUAUAUAUAUGUAUAAUGUGAGUGUGUGUGUGUGUGCGCGUGUGCGUGCCUGCAUGCUUGUGCACGAGUGCCUAAAGCAUGGCCAGACUGCAAAGAGCUAAGUCUGCUGUUUCUGCAGCUCACGGGGUGGUGAAAAGCACUCUCACACUCCCACAUUUCCUACACGACCUGUGCUUUCUGUUUUAGCGGCCCGCAGUUCCCAAAAUGUGUCAAGCCAGGGUAGGGAGCAGAAGCCUUGUGAGGGACCCAUCUCUGGGGCCAGGGGAAGGGGGGGGGAGUAACUGGGGCUGGGGCCAACCCUUAAGAGGCAGCUUUGCAGGAAGGGAGGCUGGUGGGGCUGUUGGAGUUCGGUGUAUCUCAUGGGAAACUUCGGUUGUCUGAUAAUGCCUCCCUUCCCACAGGGCCACAGGACCUGGGACUGGACAGGGUGGGGUCUCCAGAGGCUGGGCCAGGACAGUGACGCUUGCUUUGCUAUCCUAAGUCUGCUCUGGGGGAGUAGGAGCCAGAAAGGUGGGGCUGGCCAUUCUCUUGGGCUGUGUACCAGUCAGAGGAGGCUGAGCCUAUAAGGUCCCUGCCUUCAAGGACUUAUCUGUCUGUUUCAGGAGAAAGAAGGCAAAAUGGUGCUCAAAGCCAAAGAGCUGCUCGGAGAAUGGCAGUUCACUCUUUAUAUUCCCAGUGGUGAGGGGGACAGGCUGGGGCUGGACAGGCACCUGCUUCAGGCUCCAGUGGGACAGUGGCCGUUUGGAAAUUAACCAGGAGAAUACUUCCUUUCAUGCCUGCUAAGACUCAAGAGAGGGAGUGUUCUGGGUCUCUGGAGACUUGGAAGAUGGGAAUUUGGAUAGACCAGGAAAGGGAGCGGUCACUUCAGGGCACGAACAAACCCCAGCCCCAGCCAGAGGCCGAUCCCACCUUCCCCUGAACCCCAGCCAUCCUGUCUCCACUCUGUCUUGGGGAAAACCACAGAGGAUGUGAUAUAAGAGGCUUGUCAGGGGCACCAGCCACACCCGAGAGCACAGACCCCUGUGCAUGUCAGAGGAGAAGUAGUAGAAGGGCCUCCUGAGGGCCUCGUGCAAAAGCUUGCAGGAAGCAGCCCUCAGGAGACGCUGCAGCCUAGAGCAGAACACGGGUCCCCAAGGCUCCCGACGUCCGCCGACGUCCGCCUCCGCCGCCCGUACUAACACUGUGGGCUCAGCUAGGAAGUAGCUGCCUGGGCCGUAGCCUCCGGAAGAGUAGAAGGUGCUCCUCACUUUCCAUUCCUCGUCAUCCGCCUCCCAGGCCCCCUGCCCCCACCCUGCCGUACCCCCCAGUCCAACCCCGCCUCUUACCCCAGCAGGCAGAACCGAAAAGCACCCUUCUGGACGAAGGACGUGCCUGUUAAGACAGGUGACAGACUGGGGCCAGACCUAUGAUGACGGGCCAUUUAAUCAGUGCCGCUGCUGUGGGUCCAUGAUGCCUUCCCCCUUUGUUGCUCAUGACGGAAGGCCUCCUCCUGACUCCCUCUGUCUCUCAGGGGCCACGUGGGAGUGUGGUCCCACCAGGCUGUCCCGGGCGUAGCUUCCAGGAUGACUCCUCUGCCGGUCACCAGACUCAGAGGAAUCCAUUUCUUAAAAAAUGGAGCACCAGGACGUGCCAGGCAAUGCUGUAAGCCCUCAGGAUACACACGUGAACAAAACAGACCACGGCCCCGUCCUCAAGCAGCUUACAUUCUCGGGGAGGAAGGAGGAGACACGGGGUGCUUGGCUUUGGGGAUCCCCCCAGUCUGAGAGGAUUGUCCAGUCCAGUCAGGGCAAGAGGGAACUAGCCCACUACCCGUGAGUCCGUGGCGGCCCCCAGGGAGGUGCCCCUUCCCUUAGCGCUGCCCUCACUUCCUGCCACUCUGCUGGAUUUCUGUCACCAGCCUGGGCGAAGAGCCAGGUGGGUCCAGCUCGCUGCCUUGGGGAACGGUGAGCUAAGAUGGACAGUCAGGCCAGGCCUGAUUUUGUAACCUCUCUCGUGAUUUCUCAGGCCGGCCAGCUGGGCCCAUCACCCAGGCCUCUGACCUGUGGCCGUCACUUUGAAAGAGGCAACACUGAGAGAGUCCCGAGGAUGCACUCCCUAAAGACGGGGAGGAAGGGGUUUGCCCAGGCACGGCUCAGUAUCUGCAGCCCACACUGGCCUCACGCUACCAGGGCCGACACCCCAAACAAGACAUUCCAAUUUGGGGCCCAUGAGGAAGGACAUAGACCACUCAGUCCCUGCCUGUCCCUGCCCUGACCCCAGGAUCUCUUGUGCUUCAGACAGAUCCGGUCAUUGGCCACCAGCAGCCUGUCCAGCGGGGGCCAGACCAGCGUCGCAGACCCCACGCUUCCGCAGUGACACAGUGAAGGGUUUUCUCCAGACAUGUGGAGACAGUGAUGUUCUCUCUUGUCCGCCCCAGAGCUUGGCUGAAAGGUGGGAUGGUCAGGCUGAGGGAGGCUAGGAGGAUGGGAUGGGCAGGGGUUGACGAGCAGAGGGAAGCCCAAGGGAUGAUGCUGGAGGCACCCUGGAACCCCUCUGGAGCCCAGCCUUCCCUUUCCUCCAUGUUGGUAUGAGAACCCUGUGCUGGCCAGGCCGAUUCCCUGUGUGCUGUACUAUGUAUUUGCUUUUGUGGAAAUAUAGGAAAUCAAUAAAUUGCUGGCAUUUCUUUGAA